AUGUUCCGGUUCGCAGUCCUGCUAGUGGCCGUCGUUGCCUGCGCUAGUCUAACGGAAGCGCUUGUAACGCAUCCCUGCUCCAAUAAUCGGCCCCAUCUUACCAGUGUCACACUCACCGGCUGCACUCAGAUGCCUUGCGAACUGGUCCGUGGCAGCGACAUCUGGAUGGAGCUGGACUUCCAAGCGCCGUUCGCCGCCCAAAAUCUGCAAUACCGCGUUGUGGCGACGGCCCUCGGCAUCACUGCUCCCUACGAACUGCCGCCAGAUCGUGCUGCCGCCUGCAACUGGCUAGUCGGAACCACUUGCCCCAUCAGCCAGGGCGAGGACGUCUCCAGCACGCUGAGCAUGCCGGUUCUGCCAAUCUAUCCGCUGGUCACGCUGGUGGUUGAAGUUAGUGUGCUCGAUGAGGAAACGCGAACUCAUGCCUGUUUCGCGGUCGACGCCCGUGUGGUUGUUGCUUAA